AUGCCUAAAAAUUCCGAAUUAAAGAUUAGCGUCGAAAAUGCGGCGAAGGUGGAAAGCUUCAAUCAAGCUUUGCUAUUUGAGACAAACAAUCUUUUCUCAGUUUCGAUUCCUGCCAAGAUCCUCAAGCUGAAUGCUCUGCUUCAGGAAGUCAAUGGGAUAGAUAUGUCGGCACUUAAAGCGCCACUGGACAUCCCCAUUCCUGAUCCACCAAACCCUGAUGAAGAGGAGAUGGAAACCAACGAAGAGAAGAAGAAAAAACCCAAAUGCGGCUUUAUCAAGUCCAACGAAACCAUCUUGGAGCUUGUGGGCAAGUUGAAACCCGAAAUCGCCAACCAACGGGAGACGUUCAUCACCGUGGCAUGCUGGAUUCAGCACUUCAUCCCCAAAAUUGAAGACGGGAACGACUUUGGCGUGGCAAUUCAGGAGAAAAUCUUAGAGAGGAUUGCUGCCGUGAGGACCAAAGUGGACGGCUUCCAGCCAAAUAUUAACAAGUACUUCCUCGAAAGAGGAGACGCCGUGGCUAAAGCCUCCAAAGACACUCAUGUGAUGGAUUACCGUUCGCUUGUCAACGAGAAGGACGUCGCCGUCUACUCAGACAUCAGGACGAUCAUCCUGGAUUUACGUAGCUUUUACGUGGAACUUUACGACAUGAUCAGCAAGAACAUGGAGAAGGUGACCAAUCCUAAAGGCGAGGAGAAGCCGUCCAUGUACUAA